GUUUGAACGACACAAAAACAACUCCCCCAGACACCUGGUCACUUUGCCUCCGUGCCGCGCUUCCUGUCUCUGAUUCGGCCUCUGAUAGCAGCACCUGUUGGGCGCUCUGAGUGCAGCGCCGGGCCGUGCUGGUGGAACCGGGUCUGUGAUGGACAGACUGAAGCUGUCUCGUAUCGACGAGGACCUGGAGUCCUCUGAGGUGGCAUCUCUCUGCUUCCUGUGUCGAGAUGUCCUCGCGAGGAAACGUCUGGAGGGGAUCAAUAAUGCAAGAGACCUCUUUCUGAGACUGGAAGAAAACGGUCUGCUGGAGAACAACUCGUUCCUUUUUGAGCUCCUCCAAACUAUUCGUCGAACAGAUCUCCUCAACCUGCUGGAGUCAGACAGCAGCCCCCCAGAAGAAGCGGAUGCAAACCCCAUCCUGUCAGACUACAGGGUGAUGCUGUACAGAGUGGAUCAAGACAUAACUCGGGAAAAUCUGAGCAUGAUGAAGUUUCUUUUGAGCUCUCAGCUGGGCAAAAGACAAAUGGAGAUGUGCAAUACGGCACUGGACGUGUUUGCUGAAAUGGAAAAGACUGGUUCAUUGUCCCCUACAAGUCUCCAUGAGGUGCACGCAGCGGUGAAGCAAUUUGAUCAACAACUGGCAUUGACAAUACAGCGCUACAUAGACAAUAGAGAGGCAACACCCCGACCUCAUCGGCCCAUCCAUCCCCAGAGGGUCAGCAACACCUCUCAGCCAGUCGAUGUGUCCAUAUCUGAAACUCAGUCCAACUAUGAAGGAAUGAACAUUUGCUCCGAUGCAGAACCAAAUACAAAGCCAUCUUCUCCUGACGAUCAUACCGAGUACUACGCUCUGAUUCAUAAACCACGUGGUUUGUGUGUGGUCAUUAAUAAUGAGGACUUCCUGGGAACGCAGAUGAAAAACCGAAAAGGCACCCAGGAGGAUGAGAAGGCUCUGUGCUCGUUGUUCUCCCGCCUUGGAUUUACCAUGUUGGUGCACAACAACUUGACUGCAGGAGCCAUGAAACAGGAACUACAGAAGCUCGGCGCACGGAAUUUUGUAAAUGAUGAUGCAUUGGUGGUGUGCGUGCUUUCCCAUGGGGAGAUGGAGUGUGUGUUUGGGACCGAUGAGCAGCGGGUCAACAUAACAGACCUGACCCGGCCCUUCACCAGCGAGGGGGCACCCACCUUGGCAGGGAAGCCCAAACUCUUCUUCAUCCAAGCGUGUCAGGGAACCAGAUACCAGGGAGGAUCCCUGCCGCACCCCUCCCUGCCGGGACAGGAGGAGGGGGUCCCACAGAGCCCCCUGGAGGAAGACGCUGGUCCUAUAAAAGGCGAGACGGUUCCGUGGGAGGCCGACUUCCUGCUGGGGAUGGCCACCGUGCCGCAGUGCAAGUCGUUUCGAAGCACAACCACGGGCUCCAUCUACAUUCAGGAGGUGUGCACUCAGCUGAAGAAGUCAGCAGAAAGUUCGGCGAAUGAUGAUAUCCUCACUGUGCUGACACGUGUGAACAGGGAGGUCAGCAAAGGAAAGUAUUUAAACAGCAAACAAAUGCCGCAGCCCAAGUACACUCUCACCAAGAAGCUGGUCCUCAAAUACGUUUGAGCUGACCGGAGCCCAAUGCACAGCGGAGAAUGUGCCAAUUCCACUGGUUUACCGGGUGUUUUUAUCUCACUGUACAGAACAACUGGUUUGAUCAAUUUGGAUGUCAGUGUCUGUUUACUUAUCUUGAAUCAGGUUUCUCAGCAGUGUGGCAUAAAUAAUGCUGCAAAAGCCACUCAGAGAAAAUGUCCAUUUUAAACGAAUGUGAUUAUUAUGAUUUACAACAGCAUUAUUCUGGUGUUUGAGAAAAGUGUCAUUUUAAGGGUGAAUUAAAUAUAUCUGCCCAAAUGAUAAACAUUAUUAUUAUUGAUAUUAGUGUUUUUAUGAUGUCAUGAAAAUGCAAAAAGACACAGCUACCAGUAAAAGUCCUCUCUUUACGUACAUCCAUCCAUUAGCCAUGUCAUUACAUCUUUAUUGCAAAUAGGAAUGUGUGAAUGUGAAGAAUAAAACUCUAAAAGGAAGAAAUAAAUAUGAUUUAACUG